GCUGGUAGCAGGAAUAAAAAAACAGCAACAUGGAAAUGUCUGGAAAUAACCUGUAAAUAAAAACAGUAGUAGCGGUAUAAAUUGUGAGAGCAACAGAAUGUGAAGAAAAGGGCACCAUUCGAGAUUUUACGGCAUGGUGUGGACUGAGAGGAAAUGCACAGUGCUGCACAUCCAAGCUGCUCGGAUACUUGGAUAACAACCGGCUCCAAAGUAGAACCUUGUCUCUUUCUGACCCUGGUUCUUCCGGUCAAAAUGCAUACCCAGGAGUCCCUAAACCCCAACAACCUGGAGUACUGGAUGGAGGACAUCUACACACCAGGCUAUGACUCACUGCUCAAGAGGAAAGAGGCAGAGUUCAGGAGGGCUAAGGUGUGUAAGAUCGGAGCACUGAUCGCAGCCGCUACCUGCACUGUGAUCCUGGUCAUCGUUGUUCCAAUUUGCACCAUGAAAUCAUGAGAGAGCCAGGAUGGAGUGGCCCUGCCUAAUGGAUGACACACUUUUACUGAUGUCCUUUUCUGUUUGUGGACUAGGUAAGUGUGCAGCAGAUUCACCGACAGUAUGAACAUGUUGGGACUUGACUAUGUCAGUUUGAUGGUUUUUUGUUUUUAAUGCAGUAUGUACUUCUGGUGGUCAUUCUUGCCAAUAUGAAAAUGGUUAGGACAGCUAUUGUACAAUAGAAAUGAAGUCAGCAAGUGCAUAAUAUAUGCUGUAUAUCUAUUGGUUUAACAGUUGUAGUCUAUUGUAUUGUCAUAAACU